UCAUCCGCCGGGCUGAGAGACACUGAAGCAGCCUGACGGAGAGAAACGGCGAGGAGGGGGAGAGGAAACACAGAGCGACGGAGAUGGCGAGCAUCAACAUGGGGCCGAGACCGCUGCUGCCGCUGCAGCUGCUGCUGGGGCUCGCGUGGGUCCUUGUGGCGGUCCUGACGCCUCACGUCCGAGGUCUGAACGGCGACGAGGACCAGAGCCAGGACACCGAAUGCAAGAUGAAGAGCGUCACCGUGUCCGCGCUGCCGUUUCUGAGGGAAAACGACCUGAGCAUCAUGCACAGUCCGUCGGCCUCCGAGCCCAAGCUGCUCUUCUCCGUUCGCAACGAUUUUCCCGGAGACGUCGUGGUGGUGGACGACCUGGAAAACACCGAGCUGCCCUUUUUCGUCUUGGAGAUCUCUGGGAAUUCAGAGGACAUCCCUCUGGUGCGCUGGAGGCAGCAAUGGCUGGAGAAUGGAACUCUGCUCUUCCACAUCCACCACCAGGACGGCGGCCUGAACAUCCCAGAACCGACCGAAGACCCUGCCAACGAUUCCACGAAGGAGGAGCUGCGUAUCCUGCACAUCUCUGUCAUGGGCGGGAUGAUCGCCCUUCUGCUGUCCAUCCUGUGCCUGGUACUGAUCCUCUACACCCGCAGGCGUUGGUGUAAACGCCGUCGCAUCCCUCAGCCUCAGAAGAGUGCCAGCGCCGAGGCGGCUAAUGAGAUCCACUACAUCCCCUCUGUGCUGAUGGGAGGCCAGGCCAGGGAGAGCUUGAGGAACUCACGGGGACAGGGACCGAACUCCAGCGGUACCCUCAGCAUCCGGGAGACACCGAUUCUGGAUGGGUAUGAGUACGACAUUACCGACCUGCGUCACCAUCUGCAGCGGGAGUGCAUGAAUGGUGGCGAGGAGUUUGCCAGCCAGGUCACCCGUACCUUGGACUCCCUCCAGGGCUGUAAUGACAAGAAUAAUAUGGACCUCACACCAGUGAGUGACAACACCAAACUGGCCCUAAUGAACAAAUACAAGGACAACAUCAUCGCCACGAGUCCCAUCGACAGCAACCACCAGCAGAAUACGCUGCUUCCGCACAACACCUCCACCAGCCAACGCAAACGUCUCUCCAGCAACACCCGUGCGGGUUCAACUUUCUUGAACCCAGAUGGGGACUCUGGGACGGAGGCAGACAGCGAGCCUCAGCUGGCCUUUUACACCGACCCAAACCGCAGUCGCCGCCGGAGUCGAGGUAUGAGAAAUGGUAACGCCAACAGCGCGUGGGGCUCAGGGGCAGGUUCCCCGCGGAGCCCCAUCAAUAAGACCACCCUGACUCUGAUCAGUGUCAUCAGCUGCGUGAUCGGCCUGGUUUACUCCUCUCAUCUCUCCUGCAGCCUCUCAGUCCGAGUAAUCCUACAUGUGCCGGAGCACCUCAUCGCCGACGGCUCAAGGUUCAUUUUGCUGCAGGGGAGCCAGUUGGACGCCUCAGACUGGCUGAAUCCGGCCCAGAUCUUGUUGUACUACCAGCAGAACGCCAGUGGGCCCUGGGUCAAUGAGCUGUGUGGACGACGCCUCCUGGACCCCUGUGAACACCAGUGUGACCCUGAGACAGGAGAAUGUCUUUGCCUCGACGGCUAUAUGAAGGACCCGGUCCACAAGCAUCUCUGCAUCCGCAGUGAGUGGGGGCCCAAUCAGGGUCCCUGGCCUUACACCAUCUUCCAGCGCGGUUUUGAUCUUGUGAUGGGAGAACAGCCCUCUGAUCGCAUUUUCAGGUUCACGUACACUCUUGGUGAAGGAAUGUGGCUACCGUUGAGUAAAAGCUUUGUCAUCCCCCCUGCUGAGCUCGCCAUCAACCCCUCAGCCAAGUGCAAGACGGACAUGACAGUCAUGGAGGACGCAGUGGACGUGCGGGAGGAGCUGAUGAUCAGCUCAUCGUUUGACUCUUUGGAGGUCCUGCUGGACUCGUUUGGGCCCGUCAGAGACUGCACCAAAGACAACGGAGGCUGCAGCCGCAACUUCCGCUGCAUAUCAGACCGAAAACUGGACUCCACUGGAUGUGUGUGCCCUCCAGGGUUGAGUCCUAUGAAGGAUGGGACCGGAUGCUACGACCACCACAUCGGCAUCGACUGCUCUGAUGGUUUCAAUGGGGGAUGUGAGCAGCUGUGUCUCCAGCAGCUGGCUCCUCUAGAGGAUGACCCGACACUCUACAACAUCCAGAUGUUCUGUGGGUGUAUCGAGGACUACAAGCGUGGUCCAGACGGGAGGUCGUGCCUGCCGCUGUCUGAGGCCUGCACCGAGGGAAUAGACUGCGUGGAAGCAGCGGACAUCCCCGCUAACCAGACUGUGUUCGGAGACCUUUUCUACGGCUACAACAACCACACCAAAGAGAGCACCUCGGGACAGAUCCUCAAGGCCACGUUCAGGCAGAAGAACUUUGCCCGAGGCAUCGAGCAGCAGCUCCCAGAUGGCAUGGUGGUGGCAUCGGUGCCAACGGAGGUUCAGUGCCAUGAGGAGCUGUCGGACCCCGUGCCUGACCCAGAAUACCUCACAGGCAUGGUGAACUACAGCGAGGUGUCUGGCUACCCCCUCGUUCAGCACUGGAGUCUUCGCUCUGUUCUGUACCACGUCAAACUCAAUCAGUGGGUCCUCUCUCAAGCCUUCAGCUCGGCCAUCCAUUCUCUGGACGGCGCAACGCAGCGGAGCGACUUUGUCUCGAUCCUCAGGGAGUUCGGGAACCACUAUGUGCAGGAGGCGGUGUACGGCUUCCAGGAGUCCUGUACCAUCUGGUACCCUAACAAACAGGUCCAGAGACAGCUGUGGCUGGAGUACCAGGAUAUUAGCAAAGGGAACUCGCCUUCAGAGGAGUCAGAGGAACGCGACAAAGAGCCAAGGACGCUGACCUACCCUGCGUACAUCGCCAGUCUGCUGGACACGGGCGCAAAGCGCAUGGCCGCCGGCGUCCGUAUGGACUGCACCAGCCAAGGCCAGUGCCCACGCUCCUGUCACCUCUGCCACAUGAGCCCGAGGGCGGCCCAAGGACGGCAGCAGUCCGAGCCGGUCCUGCUGCAGAUCACCAAGGCUGCACCGAUCUAUGAACUGGUGUCCAACAAUGAGACCUACCAGGCUCUCCAGGAGGCGAUGAUGAGCAUGCUGUGGUGUUCGGGGAAAGGUGAUGUUAUCGAUGACUGGUGUCGGUGUGAUUCCAGCGCUUUUGGCGCAGAUGGACUGCCCACCUGCGCCCCACUUCCCCAACCUAUGCUGAAACUGUCAUACACCUACGAGCCCAGCAGCUCACUGGUCAUCAUGGAGUGGAACCACACCGAGCCACCAAUCGGCGUGCGGAUUGUUGAUUACCUCAUCAGCCAGGAGAAGGUGACAGAGAGGACUGACCACUCCAAAGUUGAGACAGAAACCCUUUUAAGCUUUGUGGAUGACAUCUUGUCUGGAGCCAGAUCUCCAUGUGUAAUGUUAGGGGACAUCCCCAACCUCCUGUCCUCCUCCAUCAGCAUGAUCAUCCGCUGCCUGGAGCCUGACACCACAUACAUGUUCCGGCUGUGGGCAGUAGACAACACAGGGCGCCGCUCCACUCCGAGUGAGGUCACCAUCAAAACCCCAUGUCCAACUGUGGAUGACGUCAAAGCACAAGAAAUAGCCGAUAAGAUCUAUAACCUGUUCAAUGGUUACACCAGUGGGAAGGAGCAGCAGACAGCCUACAACACUCUGAUGGACCUGGGUGCUCCUACGCUCCACCGUGUGCUCUACCACUACAACCAACGCUAUGAGAGCUUCGGAGAAUUUACCUGGAGGUGUGAAGAUGAGCUUGGACCCAGGAAGGCCGGCCUCAUCCUCUCCCAGUUGGAUGAACUUUCCCCAUGGUGUAAGGGUCUUCUCCAGGAGCCGAAGAUUGGCCUCCGCAGGAUGUCCCUCAAGUUCCUGUCCUGCCGGUACACUGAUACCAAGGCCUUUGGGCUGAACUGGUCGAACAUGGGCCAGGACGUACACAAGGCCUGUGACGAGCAGACGCUCACUGUCAUGUACAAUGACUACGGUGAGCCCAAGGAGCUGUAAAAUUAUUCAGAGCUAUGAGUUUUGUACAGGAAAUGGGAGAUUAAACCCAACAAAGAAACAAAUAAAAUGCAGGUUUCGCAUUUGUUUCCAUAAGCUAAAUGCAUUUAUGGUGUCAUAAACAAGCACUAAACAUUAUUUGAAAUGCCAUUUACUCUAUAAAGCUUUACCACAUUACUGGCGAAUUAGUUUAAUAAGAGCUUACAGGUGAUCUCUGAAGCUUGAUGACCAUCUAACAAACUGGGACUUUGUUAGAUUCCUCUUGUAUGUCUUGCAAUGAGUCAAAAUGAACGCUAACUUGACACAUUCUGCAGGUGCUUCACGAUAAAAACGGUCCUUGUUUCAUGCCUUUUAAUCAAUUCUCAUUGGUCCUAUUUCACUGUUGUAUGACUGCAUAAUAAUGCCACAUUAUGCAUCAAAAUCUUAUGAACCGAAGCACCAUUGGGAGUCUGAGAAAAGACAUGAAGUAAGUAAAGUACUAAUCACAGGGUUGGCAGUUUGAUUGAAGUGUCCUUGGUCAAUACACUGAAUUCCAAAUUGCUCAGGCCAAGACCUUGCACGGUAGAUCGCUACCAUCAGUGUCUGUGUGAGUGUGUGUCAAUGGAUGAAAGAGAGGUAAAUUGUACAAAAGUGAAAUGUAAAUGUAGCCAUUUACCUUUUACUGUGAAGCCACUGCAGGCACAAGAGAAAACAUGUUACUUAGCCGUUUUAAUUGCUGUUUAGUUUGAAAUAUUGCAAGACAGGAAUAGACCUAAAAGCAUGGAAAACCGAAAUGGAUCAGAGAUCACUGUUAUUCCAUUAUAUUUGUAGGAGGUUUUGCCUGCAUGCCUUCAGCCCUCAAGGACAAGGUUCUCCAAAUAUUUCUGUUUUAAUCAUUUAAAUGCAGAAUGGCAUAAAAAAAAUCCAUCCCACAAUGAAGAGUGAUACAAUUCGGAAAAAGCUAAAACGGUAUUUUACAUUUUGUUUUGUAUUCAUUUAUGACAUAAAAUGCAAUUAUCUUAGAAAAACAAAUAUCUUAGAGGAACUAAACAAAAGACCAUGCUUUUUUAUUUCGAUUAACUUCUUUGUUGGACCCAACAACCCUGGUUUUAAAACCCUAAUAAAUAGCACCUUUUUUUACCCUUCAUUGCAAAAAUCUGUCAUCUUAAUAUUGUAGCCUAGAUGGGAAAGCUUCAUUUUAUAAGGCUUCCUCAUAUUCAGUCAGAUAUUAAAAAAGCAAAUCUGGGACAUAAAGGGCAGCUCCUUUGUGCCUCCAUAAUCCAAACAGGCAUUUUGGUGAGAAAUUACAAAAGGCAAUUUUUGAUGUCAAACAAGUGCCCAAAACUGAUCGAGACCUUUUAUUGAACCACAUCCAUCCCACAGUCUGGAUACAGUUAGUUGCUUCUUAGAACUGUCUUCUAAAGUCGAAAACGAAAUGCUUAAUUCUCAUAAAAGUUUACAUGAAAAAUGGAUCCAGGAGAUUUUGGGUCUUAUAAAGAUUUAACCGUUAAAGUUUAUUGUAGCUUUAGUUUCACUGGUACAUUCCAGCCAUUGGUUAAUAUUUUACAGCUUCUGAUGCUUGUCGCACGCCUUUAAUAUGAAUUACUGUAACAGACCCAGCAGGUGAACCAUUCAUCAUGUAUCUCAUCAGCUGUGCUAUGGUAUUGGCUGCUGUAUUGUGUGGAGUUGCUUCUAUAUCAAGACUUGCAGUUUUCAACUAUCACUUCUCUUCUGACAUAUUUUGAAUGAAGUCAGUCUCAUGAACUUGUACUUACAAAUCUAGUUUAGUCUUAGACUCAUCCAUCAUGUUGAAAAGUUAAUGCAGUGAAACAUUUGUAAGGAAAUGUCAUGUAGCGACAUUGGGGAAAAAAGACAGUAUUUCACAGUUAUCCAUUCUGCAAGAGAGGUGAGGUAGCAUGUUGAACAGAUUUUAGAAAGCUAUCAGGAUGUUCUGCUGGGAGUUAUUUUAGUAGUAUAGACAUGCAAACAAAACUUGUACAUAGCAUCAUCAUAAAAUUUUAGUGUAAUAACCUGCUGAAUGUAGUAUUGAUAGUUUGCAUUUAUAACUGAAGUUGUUAUACAGGAGUUUUACUAAAUAACAGGCGUCACAGAGUACGUAAACAGAUCAGUUCUUUUUUUUUUUUUUUUACAUGUUCAAUGAAACCUGCCAAACCAUUCAACAGUAUUCUCAUUCAUCGUUGUACUUACUUUUCACAUCAUUCACUACGGUGGCGUAUUGCUGUCACACUAGAAAAAGAAAUCUGCUCAUUGGUAUAACAAGAUGUUUUUCAUGUUAUUAUGACAUAAAACGUGAAAAUAUCUGGUUACAACAUGAAAAUAUCUUGUUAUAACAAUAACCUUUUAAUGAUCAUAUGUAGUACUGAUGAGUUUUUCUUUUUCUGGCAGUGAUAAGCUUCUGUACUUCACGAUCUAACCAAUGAACGCUGUUAAAAGUGAUAAUUCUGUACUGAAACUGCAAAUGAACAGUGUCUUAAUGUUUUUUUAGCUGCUUCAUGUUUAAACUUCAUGCAAUAAUGUAUAAGUCUUAGAAAGCUUUUUCUCACAUUUCCUCUAAUACUGUGUGUUUAUCGUGACUAUGUUUUAACUUUUCUUUUCUUUAUAACUGUGCGGUGGCCAUGUUGGACAUUGAUGUCAAAGAAAUGCAAAUGUAUAUUAGUUGUUGAUUUUUAACAGAUCUCAUAUGUGAAUACUAAAAUGAACACUUGUAGAUUUUUGUAUAGGCAGCAAAGUAUUUCAUAAAUGCAUCACAUUAUAGCACAGGACAGUGUUUCUCUUCUGUAUAUAAGUGUACAACAGGUGAUAUUUUACAACAUUAACGUGUGCAUUAGUAGAUACAGUAUUGUAUUGUAAUAUCUGCUGUGUAGCUUAGUCUAGAAAUUGAAACAAUCGCAGUUCUGAUGUGAUGAGUAGAGGUUUGACUUUAAUUUGAUCUAAUGUUUUCCACUACCUGAAACUGGAUUGGACCAUUGUCAUCAACUGUGUGUGAUUAGUUGAUGAUACAUAGCUGUACAAAAAUAAAGUAACAUGACAAACUAAUUAAGUGGAAUCUAACAUAAAAAAGAAUACAGUGGCAAGAUGGAGACCUCAUGAGAAAUGUAAACCAAAUCUACCCUCUGCAUGAUAUUAUUCUGUCUAUACUGUAUGUGGCUAUCAUCAACUUUUACACUUUGAUCUUUGCUACUUCAAAGAACAAUAAAGAAUAUAUUGUGAAA